AUGGCUGUCCCAACCCAAAAACCUUCAUCACCUCAUCAAAAACUAGAGCGAAUAGUAAUUCUUGGCCUACCAUCGUUCCUCAAAAGACAGGACAAAGAAUUCUCUUCGAAAUUCCAAUUUCUGAGUCCGUCGGAAUCCAAUCUUCCGUUGGAACAAUUCCUCGAGGCGGAGGCUCAAAACACUCAAGCCGCUGUCUGCUCCGGCGGAUUUAAGAUCUCCGCCGAAGUCCUCCGCCAUCUUCCUUCCCUUAGGCUGAUCGUCACACUCAGCGCCGGCCUCAACCAUAUAGAUCUCUCCGAGUGCCGUAAACGUGGAAUCUCCGUCGCAAAUGCCGGCAACAUCUUCUCCGCCGACGUUGCGGAUCUGGCGGUUGGGAUGAUCAUUGAUGUUAUGAGAAAAAUUAGUGCCGGCAAUCGUUUCGUUAAAACUGGGCUCUGGCCUAAACAAGGGAAUUUUCCUCUUGGUUCUAAGUUGGGUGGCAAGCAAGUUGGGAUUGUUGGAUUGGGAAGCAUUGGUGUAGAAGUAGCAAAGAGGCUCGAAGCAUUUGGUUGUAAAAUAUCGUACUACUCGAGGAAGAAGAAGCCUUUUUCUUCGUAUUCAUUUCAUUCCAACAUCCAUGAACUGGCUUUAGCAUCUGAUAUCCUUGUCAUUUGUUGUGCAUUGACCGAGCAAACCCGUCAUAUGAUUAACAGAGAGGUUCUUUUGGCGCUCGGAAAGGAAGGACUGAUCGUUAAUGUUGCACGCGGAGCAAUAAUAGACGAGAAGGAAUUGGUGCAGUGUUUGGUGCAACAAGAAAUUGCAGGGGCAGGGUUGGAUGUAUUUGAACACGAACCUCAUGUUCCUCGAGAGCUAUUUGGAUUGGACAAUGUAGUGUUAUCGCCACAUUCUGCUGCCUUAACAGAGGGAGUGUUUAGGAAUUCAAAUGAACUCGUGACCGAAAAUUUGGAAGCUUUCUUCUCAAAUAGACCCCUGCUUUCUCCUGUUUUAGACGAUGAAUAG